CUAGGGAUCGCUCCGCUUAACCCCAACGCGAUACUCGACCGCUUCACCCCCAGCCAAGCGGAGGCAGCUGCAGCACAGGCCUUUAAUGAAGCUAACGACUGGCGACACAAUAACAGGAUUUGGCGGCAAUCUGUGCAGGACCCGACUACGGACGAGGCAAAGGAGCUGCGGCAAACACUCCACCAGCUUACAACCCAGAAUGAGCUGCUGAAGAUAGAGAGGGACAACUUACAAGAUACUCUAAGUUACGCAAAGAGCAAGUCUACAAAGAGCAAGUCUAUAAAGAGCAGGCCUCUGCCGCUUAUUCAGCGCAAAGAGACUCGCUCAAAGACACAAUGGUACUCUCUCCGGGGAGUGAAUGAGGCUCAACACCUUCAGGAUGUAUUUGAGCAGGAGGAGAGGGACAACGAGCUCCGCAAACACACUGAGCGAGAGCUCCAUAAGUCUAACAGGAAGCUGAAGCAAAAGCUUGACGCUGAGAAGAAAGCUGCUGCUGCAACAAGGAGAAAGGAGGCUGCUGAGCGAGCACAGCUGAAGCGUGAGGAAGCAGCUGCACGCAAAGCUGAACGAGAGCAUCAAAAGCAAGAGCGCGAUGCUGUAGAAGCUAUACAACUGACCCAAAGAGGCAAGCGGAAAGCUUCACAGUCUACAGCACCUAGAAAGAAGCAGAGUCGUGGUGCUGCAACUGCCCGUAGUUGUUGUGUUGCUACGGCGCGUUCCCCAACCCCUCCACCUACAUACAACAGCCGUGGUCGCAAAAUCGCCCCACGCAAAAAGCUUGAGCUAGGGAAUUGA